GAGGGAGACACGGGCACAUUCUCAUUCUGACUGAAUCUCUUCCUCGGAGUCGGAGAACUUCCCUUGCUCUCCCCUGCAACAAUGCCGAGCACAGAUGCAGACUUCGAUCUCAGACAGUCUCCACAGUCCGCCUUCUCUAUGGGAGAUUACACAUUCGCCGAUGCCGGAAACUUGGAGCAUUGUGCUAAGUACUUGAAUCAAACGCUCGUCACAUUUGGCUUUCCCUCUUCGCUUGAUCUGUUUGCUAAUGAUCCUCAAGUGAGAACCCAGCAGAUACAUGAAAUGAAGAAAAAAGAGAAGGAGUACAUAAAGUUGCAGGAGAGGCUUAACCAAGUUCUGAUGGAGAAGAAGAAGGAAUCAAGAUCAGGAAUGGAGAUAAUGAACUUGCUUCAGAAAGAAGGGCGGCAGCGUGGGACUUGGAAUGGAAAGAAGGUGGAUGCUUAUGAGGCAAAAAAUCAAGAACUGAUGGCUGAGAAUGCUGACUUAAGAGCGUUGUUAAGGUCAAUGCAGGUAGACAUGCGUGAUUUUCUUAAUGCUCCUAAUGGAUUGCCCAAGCAAUCUUUGGCUGUGAAUGAAAGACUUGAAACUGAUGCCUCACAAUCUCCAUUUGGUGGGAAGACGGAUGUGUUCGAUCUGCCUUUUCACAUGGCUAGAGAUCAAAUAGAAGAAAGUCUCCGAACUAAGAUGGCUUCAAUAAAGGAGCGUAUGGUCCAGUUACAAGAUGCACAAAAAGGUGCGGAAGUCACUUCUGAAGCAACAGAGAGGGAGCUAGAGCUUGAAGCCCAACUUGUUGAGGCAAGGAGCAUAAUCCAGGAGCAGGCAUCCAUAAUGUCUAAACAUCUUGCCAAGGCAGAGAGACCAAGGGAAUCUAUUAUUUCAUCACCAACUGAGGGAGUAUAAAUCCAAACGGUUUCUCCAGAGAUCAAACUGAAGUUAGCUGUUAGAACGGGUCCUAAACCGGUUUAAACUUCCUUUACCCAUGCAAGCAUAUGCAUAGAGUUCAACUGGUAUGUUGUAAGAGAUCUGUAGUGUAAAUGAAAGUUGCUUCUAGUUAUGUAGUAUUAGUGUAAGUAGUAUCUAGCAAUCUUCGAUGAAUGGUAUUGUGUCCUUACAAUUGCAUUAACUCAUAUUUCGU